UUUUUUAUUUCUAUAUAUGGUCAUGGUUCGUAUAAUAGUUAUAUUUUUUCGCUUCUAAAAUAAAACGGCACUUGUAACCUUCCUCAAGCGUAGUUGCAAGGAAGAAAAAUUACCAGAUUUCAAUAAAUGCUGGCACUGACGAAGGCAUUAAAUAGAGCGGUUUUUUCUCUUUUUAAGUUCUUUAACCAGCAACAUUAUGUGAGGCAACUAUCCGAUUCUCUUUUUCUCUUUGGGUACGCAAUGUACGUAAAUAAGAACUAAAUCUCCAGAAUCCGUUGAGCUUGAAUGUUGUUUUUCUUUUAAAAACCCAAGAUUACAUCUAAAUCGUUACUUUAAUUAAUAUAUAUUUAUCCUAUAUUUUCUAUUAGAAAAUGAAUAAAGCUGACCUCUUGCUGAAUUCCAGCCCUGAGCUUGCACGAAUGAAAAAGGCUUUAUGAAUUUUUAAAACUUCUACCAGCUAAAUCUUUUAUUGUUUUUUUUUAGUUGCGCCGUCAUUCUCGAACAUUGUGCAAACUUUGCUAAAGAACGCCGCAGCACACAACGAGAGAUAGGCGCUGCUCCGUGACGCGAAAAGUCCUGGCGCAGCUGCGAUUGAACAUCAGAGUCAGUCGACAAACGCGUGAUAAAACGAGAGACGCGCAGGUCAAACGCCACACGCCACACCGCCCGCAGGUGCUCCUAGCGAAGCGGAGGAUCAGCCAAGUCUGCCUGCCACGCCGUUACCGAUAUGCUGCACAUAAUCGGAAGUCUCAAGAGCUUGCUCUCCAUCCGCAAAAUCAACAUCGACUGCUUCGUCUUUCGCUUACACCAUCGUCUCACCGUUCUGAUCUUAAUCGCCUUCGCCGUCCUCAUCACCACGAAACAGUACGUCGGGGACCCCAUCGAAUGCGACAGAUCUUUCGGUGUGUCCGCGAGCGUUCUCAACCUGUACUGCUGGAUCCACGCUACGUACAGCGUGACCAGUCUCUUCCGAAAUGCAGACGACAAGAGUAUCGUCUACCCGGGCGUCGGAAACAGCAUGCACCACAUGAACCACGAAGACUUCCAGUAUCACAAGUACUAUCAGUGGGUCGGUCUUCUGCUCUUCCUCCAGGCGCUGUUUUUCUACGUUCCGCGUUGGCUGUGGAAGGCCUUGGAAGGCGGACACCUAAAGGUCCUCGUUCGGAACCUCGAGUUCGACAUCGUGGACUCAGAAACGAAGCGCGAGAAGAAGGAGUUGCUCGUCGAAUAUCUGAUAAGCCACCUCCGUCAACAGGACACUUACGCGUGGAAGUACUUCGUCUGCGAGGCUUUGGCUCUCUUGAACGUCGUCGGACAGCUCUUUCUCAUCGAUCGGUUUCUCGGAGGAGAGUUCAUGACCUAUGGUCUCGAAGUCAUCCGCUUCGUGAGUCAAGACCCGGAUGACGAAAGACUGGACCCCAUGAUUCGUGUCUUCCCCAGGGUCGCCAAGUGCCAGUUUCACAAGUUCGGACCGUCAGGUAACGUCGAGAUCCAUGACGCCGUUUGCGUCCUACCUCUCAACAUCGUCAACGAGAAGAUUUACGUGUUUCUCUGGUUCUGGUUUGUCAUCUUGGCCGCCGCGACGGCAGGCGUUGUCCUCUACCGCUGUGUCCUCUUGUUUAGUGGUUCGCUGAGGGCCAGGACUUUGUAUUACCGAUUCUAUGUGGUGCCCAAGAAUGACGUGGACGAAAUUGCGGCUAAGAGCUCGUUAGGCGAUUGGUUUCUGCUCUAUAUGUUGGGGCAAAACAUCGAAGCCAAGACCUUCCAGGGUGUUAUGUCCGAUGUGGCCGGGCACCUGAGGAAGAGGAUAGAACCAGGACCUGAUGAAGAACGUGGGCACGAGAACCCAAGGAAAGGGCUUUUGUCAGCGGAGCAUGUUUAAAAGUUAUCCAAGCUAUAGUCACUGGCAGGAUAAGAACGGCAGGGCGUUUUUUUUUUUUUUCUGAGGCUUGAUUUUUAGCACGUGCUUGCUGUCUUUGGUUGUGUUAUGGAUGCGCGUGCACGUUCGAAGCUCACGAGACGUCCAAGCAUUGUUGAAGGUAGGAAGCUAGUACUGGAGGCAGGACAAGUUAUAGCCUUCCUUGCUGUCCUUAUCCUCUCGGGGACUUUAAUCGAACAGUGAGGUCUCGGCCUUGGUUGUCGAAUACCUUGACAAUUAGGGUAAUGCCUAAGUUAUUUUGAUCUCAAAUACGUAUUGCAGAGCAAAUUUAAAAACAAACGAACAACACAAUGAAUAAUAUGUUCGUUGCUUCAGACUUUUAUGUUUAUGUUUCUAGUCAACUUCUUCUAGUCUGACGUGUUAUAAACAAACAUUUUCAAAGUUUUGAUAUUUGCUGAAUCAUACGAAUAACUCUAUUCUCAAUCUUAUCUUGAGGUUUAGAGGUAAUAAGAAAGCUCACAGUAUCUUACACAUGAGAACCUGCAGAGAGCUUGCAGUAAUGUUGAGCAUGAUUAUGACUUGGUUGACCUUCCAUUCCUUAUCAAAACAAACGGUAACUACAUUCGUUUUCACCUGAAGAAAAAAUAAAGUUUGCACGUUGUUUAUACGGCGUGCAAAGUAGUUCUUACAAUAUUUGGUUGUCAGAGAAAGAAGCGAUCCUUUUAGUACGAUUACAAUAAUCUAAUCUAAAAUUCUUCUAUAUUAGUGAAACUCUGCGAGGAGCCGGACGUUUUCUACUAAGGUUCUUGGGCUGAAAACGAGUAUAGAGCUACAAAUUGGAAUCGUGAUCGCGCACGUUCUUUUUUUUUUUUUUAAUUGUUCAAAAUAAAACUUUCUAAUCGGUUUAACGUGUUUGCACUUGGCGGGUGAAAACAACUUUCGAUGAAAACUUUUCUAAGGGGUGAGAUUUAAGGAACAAGUUGUAUUCCAGAUUAUUUAGGGCAACUUAAUUUUGAUCAGCUUAUUUAAGUACCAAAAUACGUGGCUAUCAAAAAUGUUUUAUGAAUGGGAAGAUGGUUGCUUGGCCUCUGUAUUAUGAUGCAUUUAACUUAUGUGUGCCUUUAUCAUUCCGAUGCUUCGUUCGUUUACUCGUUAAUAUCUGUUCAUUUUUGGUGACUGCGAUGUUUGGUGCUGACAUGUAUACAAGAAUGUGUUCUCUUUAAUAAAUAAUCCUGCCUGCUUUACCAACUACUGCUCAGUGCUUAAAAUUUCUUUUAGCCAACUACAUCUUCCUAACCCAGCUUUGCCAACAGUAAACAUUGUGCAAUGGAAGUAGUAUACCGGUUUAUUAUUUUAUUUCUUUAAUUGGCCUCUACACAGCACAUAGUUGCUGCGUACGAGGUACCUAUACCUCCUCCACCGGGUGCGUGCCGUGUUCUUCGAUUGGCGAGUGCAGCCUAACCUAAAACGCAUACCGGGACCAAAAUGCAU